AUGGCAUUACAUCAGUUCGACUAUAUCUUCGCGAUUACGAUGAUUUUUGGCUUCUUAGAUGCCUUCAACAUCGGUGCCAAUGAUGUUGCAAAUUCUUUUGCUUCAUCUAUCUCUUCUAGAUCUUUGAAAUAUUGGCAAGCUAUGGUUUUGGCCGGUAUUUGUGAAUUUUUAGGAACUGUUUUGGCUGGCGCAAGAGUUUCUGGUACUAUUAAAAAUAACAUUCUGGAUGCGAAAUUUUAUACCGAUGAACCAGCUGUUCUUAUGUUGACCAUGUCAUGUGCUUUGGUUGGUUCUGCUACUUGGUUGACUAUUGCUACCUCUAUUGGUAUGCCUGUGUCUACUACUCAUUCGAUUGUCGGUGGUACUAUUGGUGCGGGGAUCGCCGCUAGUGGAGCUUCCGGUGUCGUUUGGGGUUGGGCUGGUGUUGCUCAAAUUAUUGCAUCUUGGUUUAUUGCUCCAGUAUUAGCUGGUGCCAUUGCUGCUGUUAUUUUCCUAAUUUCCAAAUACUGUGUGUUGGAAAUCAAAUCAAUUCAAAGAUCCAUCAAGAACGCUUUGCUGCUAGUUGGUUUGCUGGUCUUUGCUACUUUCUCUAUCUUGACCAUGUUGAUCGUCUGGAAAGGUUCUCCAAAUUUAGAAUUGGAUAAAUUGUCUGAAACUGAAACUGCUUUGGGAAUUGUGCUAACUGGUGCUGUCGCUUGUGUCAUUUACUUCGUCUUCUUUUACCCAUUUUACAGAAGAAAAAUCUUGAACGAAGAUUGGACUUUGACUCUAUUGGAUAUCUUCCGUGGUCCAACUUAUUAUUUCAAGCCAACUGAUAACAUUCCAGCUAUGCCAGAAGGUCACCAAUUGACUAUUGAUUAUUACGAGGGUAGAAGAUUUGUCGAGGAAGUAGGCGCUGAGGAUGAAGAAAACAUCAAGGCUGGUGACAUAUCGACUAUCUCUACUCAAGGCAAGGACAGGAAAGAGGAGACUAUCCAAAAGAUUGAUAUUGUUAAGACCGAAUCUGUUCCAGAAGAAGAGAUGUCUACUAGACAAUACUGGUGGCGUUUAUUUAAAGAAGGUCCAAAGCAAUGGCCACUUCUACUUUGGUUAGUUGUAUCCCAUGGUUGGACUCAGGAUGUUAUCAGCGCUCAAGUCAACGAUAAGGAUAUGCUAACUGGUGACAUUAAGGGCAUGUUCAAGAGAUCUAAGUUCUACGACAACAGAGUUGAAUACAUUUACUCUAUCUUGCAAGCUAUCACUGCAGCUACUAUGUCUUUUGCUCACGGUGCUAACGAUGUGGCUAAUGCUGUUGGUCCUCUAUCUGCAGUCUACGAUAUCUGGAGAAAAAACGAAGUCGCUUCCAAGUCCGAAGUCCCAGUUUGGGUCUUAGCUUAUGGUGGUGGUGCACUAGUUAUUGGUUGUUGGACUUAUGGUUAUAACGUUAUUAAGAACCUGGGUAACAAGAUGAUUUUGCAAUCUCCAUCAAGAGGUUUCUCUAUUGAAUUGGCCGCCGCUAUUACAACCGUGAUGGCCACUCAACUGGCAAUCCCAACAUCUACUACACAGAUUGCUGUUGGUGGUAUUGUUGCCGUUGGUUUGUGUAACAAGGACGUUAAAUCCGUCAACUGGAGAAUGGUAGCCUGGUGUUACUGUGGUUGGUUCUUGACAUUGCCAAUUGCUGGUUUGAUUGCUGGUAUCUUGAACGGUAUAAUAUUGAACGCCCCACGCUUUGGUGGUGAAUAUCAAAUGUCAUAG